AAUACCAUCAAAAUUUGCACUGCCGACUUGGCUUUCUCUGCCUUUUGAUCGAUAUCAUACCUCAAAUCAACGUUGGAGUGACAUUGAUGAGAGCAAACCCAACUAGAAGAAUAAUCCAUCUGAAUUAAUUCGAAAUCGGAAUGAGUGGCGGUGGAGAAGGACGGAACAGAGGUCCAAAUCAAGUCAUUAACCCGACAGAAGUACGUGUCUGCUGAGAAUGGUGGAGGCAUGAAUGUAACCGUGGAUAGAGAUUCACCUUCUUCCUGGGAAAUCUUUAAGCUAUGGAGAGUUUCCUCAUCACAAUUUCAGUUCAGAACAUCUCAAGGACAAUUUUUGACGUGUACUGGUCUAGGAUGCUCUGUUUCUGCAACUGCUGGAUCUCCUUCAACUACAGAAACAUUUGAUGUUGAAAGGAACAAUGAUAGGGUUCACAUAAAAACGACUACUGGAGCCUAUUUGCAGGCUACAUUAGGAGGUCAGCUUACAGCAGACUUUCCAGGGAAGCCGGGAUGGGACAGUAAUGCAGCCACAUUUCAAAUGAUAAUCGUUUCAGAUAACUUGCACGGAGAUUAUCAGCUGGCUAAUGGCUAUGGACAUAAUGAGGCUAAACGGGUUCUUAAGAAACAUAGAAACAGUUUUAUCACUAUAGAAGACUUCAAUUUUUUAAAUAGACAUGGAAUUAAUACUGUGAGAAUACCAGUCGGAUGGUGGAUUGCUUAUGAUCCUGAUCUUCCUGCUCCAUACAUUGGUGGAACUUUGGAAGCUCUUGAUAAUGCAUUUUCAUGGGCACAAUCAUACGAUAUAAGAUGCAUUAUUGAUCUUCAUGCUGCGCCUGGCUCCCAAAAUGGCGUGGAGCAUAGUUCAAGUAGAGAUGGUUCAACAAACUGGCCGACUCCAGAUUACAUCUCACAAACAAUGCAUGUUAUAGAUUUUCUAGCCUCCAGGUAUUUUUGCACAUUAUUCGGAAUUUGAAAAUUGUGUUGUAAUAAGUGAAAUUUGUGUGUUAUAAGUUCUGUAAACUUUAAUUGCAACUUUAAUUGCUGAGUCUCUUACGCUCCUGAGGUAAUUGAAAUUUUGGGAUCUUUUUUUA